CCUGCAGACACAUGGAAACCGCAAUCUUACGAGACUUAACCAGAAUGUCGUCUAUAUGAAACUCUACCCAGAUGAGAUGAUAGCAACACAAACUGCAUUUUUGCUGUAAGGUCUAGCAUGACAAGUAGGUAAAGUAAAAACUGAACUCCUAACUUGUGUUGUGCUGCACAAAUCCUUCCAUGCAGACAUGGCUACAGAAAGAGAGGCCCUCCUGGAGAAAGCAUAUCCAGAAGCGCAGGCUUUCUGUCAGAAGCACGGCUUCAUGCUUGAGGUAAUUGACUUGAGAUGGGGUAUUUCUGAGCUUGUAGACACUGAUUACAGAAACACAGAACUCUCUCUGGAGGAAAUUGAAGCUUGUCAGAAACUGUCAGCUGGUCCCACCUUCAUUGGACUCCUGGGGGACCACUACGGGCACCAGACUGUGCCUCGGCUCAUCGCAGAGAAGGAGUUUGAGGCCUUAAUCCUGCAGCUGUCAGGGGACUCUGCCCAGCUCCUGGCACAGUGGUACCAGCGGGAUGACAACGCGCUGCCCGCCUGCUACGUGCUGCAGCCGGCUGACGGGCAGGCCUGGCAUCACCUGCGGGGCCACCUGGGCUCAGCGCUGCGUGUGGCGGCCCAGAAGGCAGAGAGAUGUGGGCUGCUCAGCCCCGAGCAGAGGCACCGCUACCACAAAUCAGCAAUUGAAUGGGAAAUUGAAAAAGGUCUCAUCGACACCCAGGAGAGCAACCUGGGGGCCCUCAUAUUCCUCAGAGAGUCUGAGGACCCUGACAGACAAAUUGGACAAGGGACAAACCGAGAGCUGCUAGAGAAAGAGGACAGAGAAGCAAAACAGCUGCUCAGCAACCUUAAAACAAAACUUGUAAACCACUAUCCCAAACAGCUCAAAGUACACACACUGGCACACGGUAACGAUUCUGGGAACCCGCAGCACAAGAAUAAAAACAAAUACCUGAAACAACUUUGUGAGCAGUUCGUUGCUGUCACUAAGCACCACGUUUUAGAAAAUCUUCCAUACCAAAGACAGAUCAGCAAGGAGCCAGGGCAGCUUCUGCAGGAGCUGGGCCACCACGCUGCUCUGUGUCUGAAGAACUGCAGAUUUUUCUGUGGGAGACAGAAUUUAUUGGAUAACAUAUUUCACCAUAUCAGGCAGAACAAUGAUAGAACCCAUACGGCCCUCAUCCUUUAUGGGCCACCAGGCUGUGGAAAAACAGCUCUGAUGUGCAAACUAUCAAAGCACGUGCAAGCUGUUUUAGGGCAAGAAACUGUUGUCGUGAUACGUUUGCUGGGGACGUCCCAGUCCAGUUCUGCCAUUCAGAGCCUGCUGAGGGAUAUUUGUCUCCAAGUGUGUUUAGCAUUUGAUUUGCCACCACCUCCAGCCCAGACCAAACAGGCUUGUGGUGAUCUCGUCCUGUUCCUCAGUAACCUUCUCCUCACCAUCUCCCGUUGUGGCACGCACACACUGGUGUUGUUCCUCGACUCUGUGGAGAGGCUCCUUCCUCGUGACGGUGCUCACAGUUUCCACUGGCUCCCUACAGACUGCCCACCAAAGGUCCACGUCAUCAUUUCCAUUUCUACGUCAGAGCCUGGUAUUCUGAAAGCUCUCCAACAUGCUGUGCCUGAGGCUGAGGCGUACUUUGAAGUUGGACCCUUAUCCAGCGAGGAAGGCGAGGAGAUGCUAGAGAUGCUCUUAGCAUCUGACAGGCGACGGCUGAGCCCACCUCAGUGGGCCUACAUCUUGCAGAGCCUCCCUGGAGGCGGGAAGCCCCUGAUUUUCAAGCUGGCCUUCUGGGAGGCCAGGAAUUGGGCAUCGUACACCUCACCUUCAGAGCUAGUGAUCGCUAGCACAGCCCAGGAGGCCAUGCACCGUCUGUGCGACAGACUGGAAAAAUUACAUGGCACAGUCCUUGUGGCUCAUGUGCUCGGCUAUAUUGCUUCCUCCCGAAAUGGGCUGUCAGACAUGGAGCUGAAGGACAUUUUAUCCCUUGACGAUGAAGUUCUCGCAGAGAUUCACCACAGCCACCUUCCUUCAAGUAAAGCUAUCCUGCGCUUUCCUCCUCUCCGCUGGGCACGGCUGCAUAGGGACAUGGGAGAGCUCCUGGCAGAACGGAAGGCGGACGGCUUCACCCUGCUUGGCUUUGCACACAGGCAAUUUGUUGAAAUGGUGCAGAACCGUUAUCUGUCAAAACAAAACCAAAUCAAGCAACAUUUUCUCCUGGCAGAUUUCUUCAAGGGGACUUGGAGCUGGGGGAUGAAGAAACCCCUUAUACUGCCACACCUUAGCAGGACUUUGAAUGCUGACAGGAAGGUAGCCCCUCAGCCACUCUGGUUCUCGGAUACUGUUCCAAAUCUGAGGAAGUUGAGUGAAUUGCCUUUUCACUUACUUAAUGCUGGACGAAUUGAGGAGCUAAAACGGGAUGUGCUGGGGAAUAUGAACUGGAUCAGCUGUAAAACAAUUACCUCUGGAAUACAGAGUGUUGUUGAUGACUUUGCCAUGUGUACGGAAUGCAUCGACUGUCCAGAGCUACGUCUGGUGCGGGACACACUCCUCCUUGUGAAACCAGCAGUAAGCAGUAGGCACGGUCCUGAAGCAAGUAUAAUAUACACAGAAGUGUUGGCCAGGCUUCUUUUUUUUGUGCCUUCUUACCCAGAGGUAAUUGGGAAGCUGUGCCAGCAGUGUCUGAGCUGGUUCAGCGCCUGUCCCCAUCCUGUUCUCAUUCCGUUAUGUGGAUUUCUCCAGCCACCUGGUGGGCCCCUGCACACAACGCUCACCGGAUUCCUCAAAGGCGUCACAGUGAUGGCACUUAGUUCUGAUUACCGGCUGCUGGUGGCAGGUUCCCAGGAUGGCUCAAUGCUUGUCUGGAAUAUGGAAGUUAUUGAGAUGCUGCACGCCCUCCCUGGGCACUCUGCUGAGGUGAGGUGUGUGAAAGUGUUUGGAAAAGGAACCUGUGCUGUCUCAGCUGCCAUGGAUCACAGUCUGCGCAUCUGGAAUUUGAUUUCUGGCAGAAUAAAGUUUGUUAUCCAAGAUACACAUAUUGAAGAGCAGCCCUCACAUCACCUUCACGUGGAUGAGAGGCACAUGAUUGUAUAUUCUUCCUCAGACACAAAGGUCAACGCUUGGCACCUGGAGACAGCAGAACUCAUCUUCCAGAUCUCUGCAGAGGUGUCGGGUGCGUGGAUGUGUUCUGCAGUACACAGCCCGAGGCUGCUGAUUAUGACUGUGUCUGAAGGAGGAGUGCUGAGCCUGUGGAACAGCAACACCGGCGAGCUGAGAUCCAAACAUCAGCUAUCAGGGCUGCAGGAAGAAACACCAACUUCCAGUGUUCUGAUUCAGAAGCAAGGGAAGAUGAUAGUGGGAUUUAGCAGGGGAUCUCUCUCUAUGAUCUCUUCCGACGGAAACAGUCUGCUUGAGAAGCUUCCUGGGAGGGUUUGCUUUGUGGUUGCAUCAGAAGAUGAGUCCAUUCUUGCUGCAGGCUUUGAGGAGUACGUGAGAGUGUACCUCGCAGAUGCAAAGGGCUUCCACAGGUUCCUAGCAGCAGACCUGGAACAUGAAGGAGUGGUUCAUACAGCUGCUAUCUCUGCUCACAACAGCAUCAUUGUUACUGGGUCUCAGGCUGCAUGUAUCCAGGUGUGGAGCUUAUCAGAGCAAGGGUUGCUGACCGACACACUGGAUGGCAUGGGAGCACCAGUAACACACUUAGCCCUGUACGACUGCACUUUGGUUUCUGCCUCCCGCAGCGCGACAUACCUCAGAGUGUGGAACCUCGUUUGCAAGCAGCAGGAGAAAACCUUGGCGCGUGUCGCAGACACAGGCUGCACUGCACUGUCCCACGGAGGGGACUACGUCUAUUUAACCCAACCUGAGGACAGACAGAAAGUCAUCAUCUGGGAUGCCACAGAAGGUGCAGUGUGUGACACACUGGACACUUCUGCUCAAGUGAGGUGCCUGGAAAUAGCUGAGGAAACCCAGCUUCUCUUCACUGGACUCGUAUCUGGAACAGUCCUUGUUUUCCCGCUGAACUCCAGGCAGGAUGUAGCAUGCAUCCCACCUCCAGAGUCACAGAAACCAGUCAACCAUAUGGCGAUCAACAAGCAUGAAAAGCAGCUUGCCAUAGCAUACAAUGAUUUAGUCCUUGUGCUGGAUAUUACCCCUGCAGAUCCAUGUCCAGUGAUCCACAGGCCCACCUACACCUUUUAUACCCAGAUCCCUGGUGCUCUGGUUUCCAGAGUGGCUGUCCUUGCGGAUUACAGAGUCCUCUAUGGCAUGACUAGUGGGGAUUUAUUCCUUUAUGACUGCCCACAGUCCCAGGUGUUUCCUUUGGAAGGUCACAGAAGCCAGAUCUCCUGCUUGGAAAGCAGUCAUGGAGAGCACUGGGCACUCAGCGGAGCUGAGGAUUCGCUGCAGUGUCUGUGGGACCUGGAGUCCUGUCAGCAGGAACACGAGAUGUGCUAUUAUAAGCCUGCAUCUCUCCUGAAAGGCAUUCGCUGUGCUUGCUUCUCGAAAGAUGACAAGUACUUGUACACCGGGUCGCUGGAUCAGACCAUUACGGUCUGGGAUGUUGCAAGUGGUGCCUUACUGGCGGUACAGUGUGUACACACAACAGCUAGCAGAAUUGUGCCAACUGCAGACGGAUUUGUUGCGACAACAAAGCUCGGUUAUAUUAUCCGUGAGAGGUUUCACUGUCCUACGACCACUUCUCCUCAGUAUAAUGCACUCCAGAACAUCACCUCAAUGUGUACAGUAAAAUCCAGAAAGAAAGACGGGAAAAACUCAAGCAAGCACCAGCACAACGAAGGAAAUCCUUCUGAGAGCCUGACUCAUACCAACAAGCUCUCUCAGAUCUGUUCCGUGGUGUAAAAGCGAAGAUGAGCAAGGUGAAACAGCAUAAACACCCAGGACUGAGCCUGUGGCUUUCUUUUUGUAUCCUUUUGCUUUAGGUCUCGGAACUACAAGAUUAAAUAUCGCUGAAAACUCCCUUGCUGUG